AUGAAACGUGGAUCUGUGAUCGGAAAUAUCGCUAAGGAUGUUGGACUUGAUUUGAGCAGAUUGUCCGCUCGCAGGGCGCGCGUGGACUCCGAGGACAACGGAGUCCAGUUCUGCAGUGUGAACCUCAACACGGGAGAGCUGCUUGUUCAGGAGAGGAUUGACAGAGAGGGCCUUUGUGCGAAGAAGACUUCAUGUAUUCUGAAACAGGAGCUUGUGCUGGAAAACCCUUUAGAGCUGCAUCGCUUUACCAUCCGCGUGCAAGAUAUCAACGACAACGCGCCUAAUGGAGAGAUCAGGACCCAGCGGGACAUCUCUGAAUCUGACAGCAUGAAACAGAACCUUAUUGUGGCAGUGAAGGAUAACGGACAGACUCCUCUCUCUGCCACCUGCUCCAUGUAUUUACUGAUCUCUGAUAACUUGGCUGAAGUGCCUGAACUCAAGGACAUUUCUUAUGAUGAGAGGGACUCAAAGCUGACAUCCUAUCUGAUCAUUGCCCUGGUGUCAGUGUCCACAUUUUUCCUCACCUUCAUCAUUAUUGUCCUGGGUGUGAGGUUCUGUCGCAGAAGGAAGCCCAGACUGUUGUUUGAUGGAGCAGUUGCAAUCCCCAGUGGUUAUCUGCCUCCUAAUUAUGCAGAUGUUGACGGCACAGGAACUUUACGCAGCACUUACAACUAUGAUGGAUACAUGACAACUGGAUCCAGGACAAGUGACUUUAAGUUUGUCUCGUCCUACAAUGACAACACGCUGCCUGCAGAGCAGACGCUGAGGAAAAGCCCCACUGACUUUUCUGACGUCUUUGGGGACUCUGACCACUCUCUUGAGGUAGGCUUAUUCCAUUAA